GAUAACGUAGAAAAAUAAUAGUAAUUAUGAUAACAUGAUAAGUGGAAUAGGCGAAUCGUGAAUUCUGCCACUUUACCUACUUACCAUCAACUGAAUAAUUUAUGUCCGUUCUAUUAAAUUACGUGUACGAUACUCGUUUACGACGUCGAAGUUUACAGCCUUGUAAAGGGUUUUAAAUUCACUUCGUUGUCUUUGACUUAUUUUUGUGAAGUCUAAAAAGAUAAUAAAUACCAUAUUCAAUUGCCUAUUGAUAGGUACUUACCUACCAAACGAUGGAAGUCUGCACCAACGAGAACGGAAACUGUGCGGUUGCUAGUGAAGAUUUAUCGUGGGCAUUACAAAUUGGCGAUCUUGACACGGUCAAGGAACAGUUGCAGAGACUUGCUAAAGAAAAUCGGGACUGGAAUAUAAACAAUGUGUCAAAUGGAAGAACUAUGUUACAUAAAGCUUGUGAUUACGGCCAUUUGGAUAUUGUUGAAUAUUUAAUUCAAAAUGGUGCUGAUAUAAAUAUGAAGGACAACUUUGGCAUUACUCCAUUACUGUGUGCUCUUUGGGAAAAUCAUUUCAAAGUUGCUAAGUAUUUAAUUGAUAAAGGAGCAAUUACAAAUUUAUUAACACCCCAAGGAUUGAAAUAUUAUGAAUGCAUUGAAGAUUCUGAGAUGAUUAACUUAUUAAAACGAUUAGAAACUCAAUAGUUAAUUUUAUCUCUUUAAUUCAAAAAUUUAUUA